CGGGCUGCGAGGAAACGAAACUAACUUCCUUCGUUCUCCCCUCCCAGCACCGCCCCCGAGCUUCAUAGCCCCCAAGCCUCAUAGACCCCGAACCCUGGGAUGGAGCGGGUCCGCAAUCCAGGUCCUGCGCUUCCACCGUACGAACCCCUGAUGGACGGGCUGGACGUAGAGGGAAAGACCCGCAGCACGGUGGUGACGAUGGAGACCCCCGUGGUGCCUCCUCCCCGAGACCACCUGGCCUGGUCGCUGUGCACCACGCUGUACGCCAACGUCUGCUGCCUCGGCUUCCUGGCGCUCGUCUUCUCCGUGAAGUCCAGGGAUCGCAAAGUGCUGGGUGACUACAGCGGGGCGCUCAGCUAUGGCUCCACUGCCAAGUACCUGAACAUCACGGCCCAUCUGAUCAACAUCUUCCUUAUCAUUCUUGUCAUCGCCCUGGUUGCCAGCGGCACCAUCGUGCUGGCCAACAUCUUCAACCACCAGCAGCAACACCCUGAUUUCAUUGGACCCGUUUAACCCCGUUCCAUGGGCAGAGCUUUGCUUGGGGCCAUGCUUUCCUUGCUUCUUCCAAUCCCCUCUGCAGUCACCAUGUGGAAAAGCACCUUGAGACACCCCUUGCAGCCUGCAAAUACUGGCUGUAGUGCAGACAUUGCAGCUUGCCACCUCACUGCCUUUUUGUUAUUGCUCCAAGUGCCUGUAAAAGCCCUAAGGGAAGCACCUCGUGUGUUAACAAACACAAUAAAGGUGUCUUUCAGUUUUG